AUGGAUAUCUCGAAACCUGUUGGCUCCGAGAUCACAUCGGUCGAUUUUGGUGUGAUGUCCACACAGGACAUUCGGAACGUUUCUGCGAUGCAAAUUACAAAUCCAACGGUUCUGGACAACUUGGGUCAUCCUAUUUCUGGAGGGUUGUACGAUCUGUCGUUGGGUGCUUUUUUGCGUAAUCUAUGUGCCACUUGUGGUCUGGAUGAAAAAUUCUGUCCCGGUCACCAAGGUCAUAUCGAAUUGCCCGUCCCUUGCUACAAUCCGCUAUUCUUCAGUCAACUGUACAUCUACCUCAGAAGUACCUGCUUGUACUGCCAUUCGUUCAGGCUGAAAUCUUCGGAAGUGCAUCGUUAUGCUUGCAAGCUCAAACUUUUGCAGUAUGGCCUCAUCGACGAGUGCUAUUUGCUCGAUGAGAUUCGCGUGGGCACGCUUGAAAAUGCUGUUGACGAAGCAGAAGAGGCCGAAGAGGGCGAUGACGAAAAACCUUCCAAACCUCUAGAUGCCAGGUUACUAAGAGAAUUGAAGGCUAAGCGUAGGGAGUUCACCGAUCUUUGCAUAGCAUCCGCGAUUUCUGAUGGUCGUACUACUCAAAAGGGUACUUUCACUGCAACUGUCAAUGACGAGAGGAAAAAACUCAUCCAUGAUUUUCACAAGCGACUUCUAUCAAGACCCAAGUGUGAUAACUGUGGAAUGUUCUCGCCCAAAUUCAGAAAAGACGGUUUCACCAAAAUUUUCGAAACUGCUUUGACAGAAAAACAGCAGACGAACAAUAAGGUCAAAGGUCUAAUCCGCGCUGACACAAUUAAGAAGCAACAACAGCGGCGCAAGCUUGCUGCCGACCAAAAUAAGGGUGGUCUGGGCGAUGACGACAUGGAUGUUAGCGAAGACUUUGGGUAUGGCAGAGACUCCACCGCAAGGCCCAAGACCGGCUCAACUUACAUUUUGUCCACCGAUGUUCGCAGCAUUUUGCAAAGCGUCUUCAAAAAGGAACAAGAAGCACUCCAAUACGUCUUUCAUUCAAGGCCCAACCUUUCGAAAAAGUUGGUUAAAGCUGACAUGUUUUUCCUUGAAGUUGUGAUUGUCCCACCUACUCGUUUCCGGUUGCCCUCCAAAAUGGGUGAGGAAAUUCAUGAAAACACUCAAAACCAGCUUCUGUCCAAGAUUUUGACCACAUCAUUGCUGAUAAGAGAUUUGAACGAAGAAAUGCUGAAGCUACAAAAGGACAAAGUGUCAGUUGAUGACAAGAGGGUGAUUUUCAACAGGCUCAUGAAUGCUUUCGUCACCAUUCAGAACGAUGUGAAUGCUUUUAUCGACUCUACCAAGGCUCAAGGAAAUCAAGGUGGGAAAGUCCCCAUUCCAGGUGUCAAACAAGCUUUAGAGAAGAAAGAGGGUUUGUUCAGAAAACACAUGAUGGGUAAGCGUGUCAACUACGCUGCAAGAUCUGUCAUUUCACCUGAUCCCAAUAUCGAGACCAAUGAGAUCGGUGUGCCACCAGUCUUUGCCACCAAACUGACUUACCCUGAGCCCGUCACAGCCUACAACAUCGCAGAGCUAAGACAAGCUGUAAUAAAUGGUCCUGACAAAUGGCCUGGUGCUACCCAGAUUCAAAAUGAAGAUGGCUCUUUGGUUUCAUUGAUUGGGAUGACUACAGAGCAACGCAAGGCUCUUGCCAAUCAGCUUUUGACACCCUCCUCGCACAGCUCCACUCAUUCUUUGAACAAGAAGGUCUAUCGUCACAUUAAAAACAGAGAUAUCGUCAUCAUGAACCGUCAACCUACCUUGCACAAGGCAUCUAUGAUGGGUCAUAAGGUUAGAGUCUUGCCUGGUGAAAAAACUCUACGUUUACAUUAUGCUAACACUGGUGCUUACAAUGCUGACUUUGACGGUGACGAGAUGAAUAUGCAUUUCCCUCAAAACGAGAAUGCAAGAGCUGAGGCUUUCAACCUAGCUAACACGGACUCUCAGUAUUUGACUCCAACCUCGGGGUCGCCCGUCAGAGGUUUGAUUCAAGAUCAUAUCUCUGCUGGUGUGUGGUUAACAAGCAAGGAUAGUUUUUUCACCAGAGAGGAAUAUCAGCAGUACAUCUACGGUUGUAUUAGACCUGAAGACGGCCAUGCAACUAGAAACAAAUUAGUUACGGUGCCUCCUGCCGUUAUGAAGCCUAUGCCUCUUUGGACGGGUAAGCAGAUCAUAACGACGGUACUUCUCAAUGUGACCCCAGCCGACAUGCCAGGUAUAAACCUGAAGUCCAGCAAUAAAAUUAAGAACGAUUAUUGGGGCAAGGGCUCUCUUGAAAAUGACGUCCUGUUCAAAGACGGUCAACUUUUGUGUGGUAUUUUGGAUAAAUCUCAAUACGGUGCUUCCAAAUAUGGUAUUGUGCAUGCCUUGCACGAAGUGUAUGGUCCAGACGUUUCAGCAAAGGUUCUCUCUGUGCUUGGCAGGCUUUUCACCAAUUACAUCACUUCGACCGCCUUCACAUGUGGUAUGGAUGACCUUCGCUUGACGGACGAAGGUAACAAGUGGAGGAAGGAUAUUCUCAAGACAUCCCACGAUAUCGGACGUGCAGCUGCAUCUGAAGUUACUAACUUAGAUAACGAUGUUAGUGCUAGCGACCCAGAACUUUUGAAACGUUUAGAGGAGAUUUUGAGAGAUGACAAUAAGUUGGGCAUUCUAGAUGCGGUCACAUCCUCUAAGGUGAAUACUGUCACUUCGCAGGUUGUCUCCAAGUGUAUUCCUGAUGGUACUAUGAAAAAGUUUCCCUUGAACUCAAUGCAAGCGAUGGCCUUAUCUGGUGCCAAGGGUUCUAAUGUCAAUGUGUCCCAAAUCAUGUGUCUGCUAGGACAACAAGCUUUGGAGGGUAGAAGAGUUCCCGUCAUGGUUUCCGGUAAGACCUUACCUUCUUUCAAGCCUUUCGAAACUGAAGCCAUGGCAGGAGGAUACAUUAAGGGUCGUUUUUACUCAGGUAUCAGACCACAGGAAUACUACUUCCAUUGUAUGGCUGGUCGUGAAGGUUUGAUUGACACAGCAGUGAAGACUUCUAGAUCAGGUUAUCUGCAGCGUUGUUUGACCAAGCAGUUGGAAGGUGUCCACAUCUCGUAUGACAACUCUGUAAGAGAUGCUGAUGGAACUCUAAUUCAGUUUUUGUAUGGUGGGGAUGCUGUGGACGUAACUCAGGAAUCCUAUAUGAACCAGUUUAAGUUCUGUGCUGAUAACUAUGAUGCCUUGUUGAAAAAGUACAAUCCUUCUGCCCUCAUCGAACACUUGGAUGUGGAGAGUGCUUUGAAAUAUUCCAAGAAAGCUCUCAAACACAGGAAGAAAAACGCAAAGGUUUCUCACUACUCUCAAAAGAUCAAAUACGAUCCUGUUGUUUCCAAAUACAAUCCAUCGAAAUAUUUGGGGUCUGUAUCGGAAAACUUUCAGGAUAAAUUGGAAGGCUUCAUUGAUUCUAACGAAGGUCUUUUCCAAGGUGGUGACAGUGUCGGUGAGAAGAAAUUCCGCGCUCUCAUGCAACUCAAGUACAUGCGUUCUUUGAUCAACCCAGGUGAAGCCGUCGGUAUCAUUGCUUCGCAAUCCGUUGGUGAACCCUCCACUCAGAUGACAUUGAACACAUUUCACUUUGCUGGUCAUGGUGCUGCUAAUGUGACAUUAGGUAUUCCACGUAUGAGGGAAAUUGUUAUGACGGCUUCGGCUGCAAUUAAGACUCCUCAAAUGACGUUGCCAAUUUUGGAUGAUGUCACAGAUCCUCAAGCCGACACCUUUUGUAAAUCCAUUACCAAAGUUAUGCUAUCGGAAGUCGUUGAUAAGGUCGAGGUUACCGAAUCUACUGGCAGUUCCGAGGGCUCUACGGGCUCACGUUCUUACUUUAUCAACAUGAAGUUCUACGGCAGCGACGAAUAUGGUGAGGAGCAUGACGUUUCAAAGGAAGAACUGCAAAGUGUUGUCGCAGAGAGAUUCUUGAAAGCUCUCGAAGUUGCUAUUGUGAAGGAAAUCAAAAAACAGAAGAGGACUGCGCCUUCGGAAAUUGGUGUGGCCUUACCCAGAUCUCACACCGCCAUAUCUUCUGGAGAGGGUGGAAAGAUUUCUGAUGAAGACAACGACGAGCUAGAGUCUCGCCAGAAGACAAAACAAGCCGUCUCUUACGAUGACCCUGAUGAUGACGAGGUUGAGACUAUGAGAGAAGCCGAAAAAUCUUCAGACGAGGAGCUCGAGUCUGAAAUGGACUCCGACUCGUCGGACUCGGAGACUGAGGGUGAUGGGGAGACCACUGCCGUGCUCGAAAAGGUAAAGAAUGGUCUAACGAAAUCUCAGCGCGACAGACAAUCGGCUAUCAUAUCUUCCCAUAGAUUUGUCACCAAAUAUAACUUUGAUGACGAAGAAGGGAGCUGGUGUAAAUUCAACAUCGAUUUAGCCGCAGACACUGAAAAGCUUCUGAUGGUUAAUAUCGUCGAAGAUAUUUGCCGUAAGUCUGUCAUAAGAGAGGUGAAAAGCAUCGAUCGUUGUGUUCACGUCGAACCAGAUAAUGGAAAGCGCGUGCUAGUGACUGAGGGUGUCAACUUCCAAGAAAUGUGGGACAUGGACGCCUUCAUCGAUGUUAACGCUAUCACUUCAAAUGACGUUGCAUCUGUUUUGAAAACGUAUGGUGUGGAAGCCGCUAGAAACACCAUUGUUAACGAAAUAAACAAUGUGUUUUCUAGAUACGCCAUAUCGGUCUCAUUCCGUCACUUGGACCUAAUUGCGGACAUGAUGACCAGACAAGGUACAUACCUUGCCUUCAAUAGACAAGGUAUGGAGACGUCAACGUCUUCUUUGAUGAAAAUGUCUUACGAGACUACAUGCCAGUUCUUAACCAAGGCUGUUUUGGACAGCGAAACUGAGCAAUUGGAGAGUCCGUCUGCAAGGAUUGUUCUCGGUAAACUCAACAACGGAGGAACGGGGUCUUUCGACGUUUUAACUAAGGUUCCCGCGUCGCAUUAA